UAGAUUUGGGUAUUCUAAUCGAGCAAGAAGAAGUUGCAGAAAACAGAUUACAUCAAAAUGGAGCAUUCUGGACUUUUCAUAUUUAAAUUUCUGUGUGUGCUUCCCAUUCUCGCAAAUUUGCAUCCACUCAUAUUGGCUGCACGCUCAGUCACCAACGGGUGUAAAGCAGGAAACGACAUUAAAGUGAGUUGGAAUAGUCCGCCUGACUAUGAAACAUUUCGAAUACAAGUGGAAAAUGCGUGCAAAAUCUGUGACACCCACAAUGUUAUUGUGCAUCUGAAAAUGUUGGCACCAGGGAUAUGGAAUCCAGUGGAUGAGAAAGUUAUUGUACACAAUGGUAAAUCUAUUCGUCCUGGACAGAAGCUCACAUUCACAUAUCAUGUCAACUAUUUGGCUGAUAUAAGCAGUGCCCAACCAAGCGCUAAAUUUAUCAACUGCAAAUAAUAAGGUCUUCUAUUCGGAACAAAAGCCAAGCACUGUAUGAAAUUGGAUUUGUGGUAUUUUUCAUUGCCUAAUGUUUUUCUCAUGAGGUGAGAGGACUGUUUGGAUGUCUUUAUUAUAUAAUAAAACUCCUUUUCUGAAA